AUGUCGCAUCGUUCAGCACUUGCUCAGCUCCGAGCUCAGCGAGCUUCCGGCAAGACACGACUCGCUUCCUACCAGGUCGAGGAUCAAGGUGCCAUAUACGAUGAAGUCGAUGAAGAUGGCUACAAGAAAGUCGUGCGCAGUCGCCUCGACAAGGAUGACUUCGUUGUUGACGACAAUGGGGAGGGUUAUGCAGACGACGGUCGAGAAGAAUGGCAGAACGAGCGGCAAUACUACAGUAGCGACGAUGCCGAGGAGCUUCCAUUGAAAGGAAAAGCUGCAAAGCGAAAACGUGAGGACGAUCGUGAGAAAGAAGACCGCACCAACCACAAGAUUCUCAACUACUUCAACAAUGGCCCUGUCGCAGCGGCUCCCAAACCCAAGAGAUACCAAGGACCGCCGACCCAGCUGGUCAACACUCCACCUCCGCAGUCUGUACAAGAAGAGGACGACCAUGUGCCGACAUUUGAUGACGACAAUAUCAUGAGUGAUCCUCUUCCUUCCUCUCCAGUCGUCAAGGCUGUUGAACGGAAGACGAAAGUGCAGAUCAAAGAGGAGGACGAAGAUGAGGAUAUCAUGGACGUUGCUCAAGUUGUUGGGUAUGAAGCCGCUCAAUCAACCAGUAUCAACAUGACCGGCAGCAGGCCACCGCCAAAAAUCAAGUCUCCACAACUUCCAACACCACAGAGCUCUUCUCCGCCGUUGCCGCCAGUCAGUGAAGUAGAUGCUUCUUCAUGGAACAAGAUCACCAGCAAACUCAAUAUCCAAAGUAGUCCGUCUUCGGAAAUAAUUCGAACCUUCGGCAAGAUGAAACCUCAAGACGCUGUUGAAGAGGAUGGCAGUCUGCGUAUGUUCUGGCUCGACUAUACGGAAGUCAAUGGCAGUCUUUGUCUCUUUGGGAAGGUCAAGGAUAAGACCAGCGGACAGUAUCGCAGCGCAUUCGUCAAGGUUGACAACAUUCUCCGCAAGCUCUUCUUCCUUCCGAGAAAGUAUCGGGUUGUCAAUGGCCAGGAAACUAGCGAAGAAGUUGAGAUGGAUGAUGUAUACGGUGAAGUCGACUCGUUGAUGUCCAAGAUGAAGGUGUCCACCAGAAAAGUCAAACCGUGCACACGAAAGUACGCAUUUGAACUAUCUGAUGUCCCGAAGGAAGCAGAAUACCUCAAGCUUCUCUACCCCUACGACAAGAGCCCUCUCCCGAUGGACCUGAAAGGCGAGACGUUCUCCCGGGUCUUUGGCACAAACACGGCCUUGUUUGAACAGUUUGUGCUGUGGAAGAACAUCAUGGGGCCAUGUUGGUUGAACAUUGAAGAUGCCGAUUUUAGCGCUGUCAAUAACGCUUCUUGGUGCAAAUUGGAAUGUGCUGUCACCAAACCGGCCAACAUCACUGUCUUGAGCAACUCCGAGCAGCUCGAGGCUCCACGCCUUACAUUGAUGUCUUUGGCGUUCCGGACACAACUCAAUGUCAAGGAGAACAAGCAGGAAAUUUUAGUUGCGAGUGCUCGCGUCUACGAGAAUGUCUCUCUUACCGACACCACUCCCCCGGAAGAAAUGCCCUCUCGAACCUUUACAGUGAUGCGACCAUCCGGAUCUGCUUACCCGGUUGGCUUCGAAGCUGAAACCAAAAAGCGAAACGACACAUUUAUGCUUGAGAAGACAGAACAAUUUCUCCUCAGCAAGUUCCUGGCACUUUUCGAAAGGGUCGACCCCGAUGUUUUGAUCGGCCAUCAGCUUCAAGAAGUCGACUAUAGCAUUCUUCUGAGUCGCCUGAAAGAGAAGAAAACACCAGGCUGGCACCGGAUCGGUAGAUUGAAACGAGGAGAGUGGCCCAAGUCGUUUGGGAGAGGUGCCACAUUCUUUGCGGAGCGACAGCUUCUCGCGGGACGACUCAUGUGCGAUCUGGCAAACGACAUGGGCAAGUCGUUGAUGACCAAAUGUCAACAAUGGAGCUUGACAGAGAUGUGCGACCUCUACCUUGGGCCCGACAACCGCCGCCGUGAGCUGGACAAUGAAGCAGCCUUGAAGACGUGGGCAACCACUCGCGAUGGGCUGCUCAAUUACGUGACUCAUUGCCACGCUGACACCUUUUUCAUCGCGGCGCUGGCUUUGAAGUUGCAAAUGCUGCCACUGACCAAAGUGCUCACAGAGCUUGCUGGGAACUCGUGGGCUCGAACCCUGAGCGGCACACGAGCUGAACGAAAUGAGUACAUUUUACUGCACGAGUUCUACCGCAAUAAAUACAUCUGUCCCGAUAAGGAAUUUGGUAAAGGUCGGGCAAAACAGGCGCAGGAGAAUGAUGACGAAGAUGAUGGAGCCGACACCAAAAAGAAGGACAAGUACAAAGGUGGGCUGGUCUUCGAGCCAGAAAAGGGCCUGUACGACAAGUUCAUCCUUGUCAUGGACUUCAACAGUUUGUAUCCCAGCAUCAUCCAAGAGUACAACAUCUGCUUCACGACUGUUGAUCGGUCAAGUACCGCCGAAAAUGAGAACGAGGAGAAGGUGCCAGAGGUGCCGGUCGAUCAACCACAAGGAAUCUUACCAAAACUUAUCGCCAACCUUGUCACACGCCGUCGGGAAGUCAAGAAGCUGAUGAAGGACAAACGAGCCUCUGCAGAACAACAGGCACUCUGGGAUACCAAGCAGAUGGCACUGAAACUCACAGCCAACUCCAUGUAUGGGUGUCUCGGUUAUACCCAAUCCCGCUUCUAUGCACGGCCGCUAGCCAUGCUCACCACCUUCAAAGGUAGAGAGAUUCUGAGAAGCACCAAGGACCUCGCAGAAAGCAACCAACUGCAAGUCAUCUAUGGUGAUACCGAUUCCGUCAUGAUCAACACCAAUGCAGACAAUAUCGCCCAGGCCCUGAGCGUUGGGCUAGAGUUCAAGCGCUCGGUCAAUGAAAGAUACAAACUAUUGGAGAUUGACAUCGACAAUGUUUUCCGACGCUUGUUGCUGCAUGCCAAAAAGAAGUAUGCCGCUAUUAACAUGGCCGAGAUAGAUGGCAAGUAUGUUGAGAAGCUCGAAGUCAAAGGUCUUGACAUGAAGAGAAGAGAAUACUGCGCCUUGUCCAAGGAGGCGUCUCAGAAGCUCUUGAACGAGAUCCUCUCGGGGGAAGAUUCGGAGGUUGUCCUCGAGAAAAUCCAUGAAUAUCUUCGGGAGUUGUCGAGCAAGAUGAGGGAAAAUGCCAUUCCCGUACAGAAAUAUGUCAUCUAUACGAAACUGGGAAAAAACCCGACGGAAUAUCCCAACGCGGAUUCGAUGCCUCAGGUGCAAGUUGCCCUUCGUGAGAUCAGUCGAGGCAAACCAGUUCGGGUCAACGAUGUCAUGUCCUACAUUGUAACAAUGGGAGACGAAGAGACAAAGGGCCUCCCAGCGCCGAAGCGAUCUUACACCCCCCAAGAUGUUCAGAAAACAGAUUCUGGCUUGGUUCCCGAUGUCGAAUACUAUCUCCACAAACAGAUCUUCCCGCCUAUUGAAAGACUGUGCGCGCCCAUCCCUGGGACUGAUUCGGUCAGACUGGCUGAAUGCUUGGGUCUGGACGUUCGCAAAUAUCAGAUCAACAGCUCGAACGGAGCAAGCCAACGAAGCACCGAGAUUUUCCCUCUUGAAUCGCAAAUUCCCGACAGCGUCCGCUUCCAGGACGCUGCGCGGCUCAGCCUGAAGUGUCGAGAGUGCAAACAGACAACAAUUUUCGAAGGAAUUUGCGAUUCAACAGACUCAUGCACACCCGAGGGUAUUUCAUGUGGCAACGCCGAUUGCAAGAAGCUCUUUCCACGAUUGAGGAUUGUCAUGCAGCUGGAGUCACAAAUUCGAGCGCAGACAUCUGCCUACUAUGAGGGCUGGUUGGUCUGCGACGAUCCAUCCUGCGGCAACCGAACCCGGCAGAUGUCAGUGUAUGGACAUCGAUGCCUGGGUCCGAAUGGGCGUGCUGAAGGCUGUCUCGGACGGAUGUCAUAUGAAUAUUCGGAAAAGAAGCUGUACAACCAAAUGUUGUACUUUGCGGCGUUGUUUGAUAUCGAAAAGGCCAAGAACAAGGCCCGAUCAGAAAAGGAAUACGCGCAGAAGAAGGAUCGGAUCAUGGUGCUUGCGGAGACGAACAAGGACGCAUUCGAGGGGAUCAAGGCGGUUGUGGAUGGAUAUCUGAAGAAAUGUGGGCGUCAGUGGGUGGAGAUGGAUACGCUGUUCAGCUUCGCCUUGAAGUGA